AUGAAUGCCCCGCCAACCUUCGAGUCUUUUCUUCUGUUCGACGGUGAGAAGAAGAUCACAAAGGAACAGGAUACAAAGGUUCCUAAUGCUGCAAUAUUCACUAUCAAUAAGGAGGAUCACACCCUAGGAUACAAGAAUCCUCAUCCUCUAGAGAACAAGAUUAUACUCAGGAUACAGGUAAUUCAAGAACCCUCAUCCUUUAGGGAACAAGAUUAUACUCAGGAUACAGGUAAUACAAGAACCCUCAUCCUUUAG